GCAUAAGUUCUAAUUGUAGAUGUCACAUUAGAGCGUUUUGUCGGGACCGGUGGAUUCCUGCCGCUGACCGACCGCAACAUGUUGCGGUCGGGCGGGAAACAAAUCGGCAGGACGUGUCAUCAAAACAUAUUGUUUUAUAUUGUGUAUGCCACACUGUGCGUUUUGGCCGCUGCGUUUUUUUGAUUAUUUUAAUUUUAUAUAUUUUUAAAAUAUUUACAUAAAUAUUUAAAAAAAAAAAUGGUUUUUGAUACCGAUAAAUUUAUUUCGUGUAUUCAAAGUAACCCAUCUAUUUGGGAAAUGGGUACUAAAGAAUACAUGGAUAAAUUCAUUAAAGAAAAAAGUUGGCUCAGUAUUGGGGAAAGCAUGUAUCCAGAUUGGACAGAAAAAACAGAACCUGAAAAAAAAAUACAGUUAAAGAAAUGAAAACUAAAUGGCGGCAUAUUCGUGAUCACUACUCAAAGUUCUUAAACCAGACGAAAAGUGGCGAUAGCGCGAAAAAAAGAAAAUAUGUGUACGCAGAAUCCCUCUCAUUUUUGCAGCAUACAAUUGAAAAAAGAAGAACGACGGGUAAUUUUACGGAAGAUCCAGAAGAAAACGAAGAAGGGGACCUCAAUGUUGAAUCAGAUGAACUUGAAGGGGAUGAGGUGAUUAUGUCGACUUUAAAUUACCCAAAACAGAAUUAUUCUAAAAACUCAACAAAGUCAAAAACAAGAAACCAAAUGACGCCAUUUCAAAGAGCACUUUUAAAUUCGUUAUCCGCUUCCGCUUCUGAAGAAGAAAAUGUUAGUUCUGAUCCAGAUAAAGCUUUUUUAUUCUCUUUAUUACCUGAUUAUAAAAAAUUAAAUUGUGACCAAAAAAUGGAUUUUCGAUUGCUAACAUUACAGUUUUUUAAAAAUAUUUCGACACAAAACAAAGAAACUCAACCUACAGUUUUCCAAUACAAUCAAACUCCAUCAAAUUUACAUCAAAGUACUCCACCCUCAUUUCAAAAUCAAUCAUUUUCAUAUUCACCAUUUAAUCUUGGUUACCCCGAUAAUCAACCUCUUGUCCCUCCAAUUUCUCUAUCACAGUACGAAACUAAUUUCAAUCCACAUCCACCACAUUCCGUAAUUAAUAAUCCGUAUACAUCUUCUUCCUAUCCAAUGACUUCUGAGCAAUCCGAACGCAUUCAAAAUAAAGAACACUUAUAAUAUAAAUAAUAUAAUAUUUGUAUAUUUUUAACAUUCGCAUUUUUAAAAAAAAAUAUUUUAUUAUUU